AGCGGAAGUGGCAGAUUCUCACGCUUGUGCGUUCCUCCACGUGGGAAAGCGUUUUAGUCACAUUGGCAGAUCCGCAGCAGCACCAUGAAACGACCGAAGUUAAAGAAAGCAAGUAAGCGGGUCUCGUGUGCCAAACGGUACAAAAUACAGAAGAAGGUCCGGGAGCAUAAUCGAAAGCUGAGAAAAGAGGCAAAGAAGAAAGGAGUGAGCAAACGAGUGAAGAAGGAUCCCGGAGUGCCCAGCAGUGCUCCCUUCAAAGAGGAGGUCCUCAGGGAGGCAGAGGAGAGGAGGCUAAAGAUUGAAGAAGAAAAAGAGAGGAGGAGACAAGCCAAAAAAGAGGAGCGAGCCCAGAAGAGGAAAAAGGAGAAGGAGGCUGCAAGUAAAGAAGCCGAACCCAAGGCCAAGAAGGCUCGGCAGGAUGAGAAUGGAAGUCAUUCACAGAAACCCACUGCCCCAGACAAAAAUUCAAAACAGUUCCUUUGUGGUGAAUUAAAUAAGGUAAUUGAUGCCUCUGAUGUAGUAAUAGAAGUCCUUGAUGCUCGUGAUCCUAUGGGGUGCAGGUGUCCACAGCUGGAGGAGACGGUGCUGCAGAGGGGCAGCAACAAGAAACUGCUCUUGGUUUUAAACAAAAUAGACCUGGUGCCAAAGGAAAAUGUGGAGAGGUGGAUACAGUGUUUACAACAGGAGUUUCCAGUGGUGGCGUUUAAAGCAUCAACACAGAUUCGGGACAAAACAGUGCAAGCCAAGAAGAGCAGGAUUGUGGCCUCCAAUGAAGUCCUGGACAGAUCCAGAGGAGCUGCCUGUUUUGGAAGCAGCUGCCUCACUGAGCUCCUCACAAGUUAUGCAUCUAAAACAGAGAAUGAAUCUUCACUCAGAGUGGGCGUAGUUGGCUUUCCUAAUGUAGGGAAGAGCAGUCUCAUCAACAGUAUAAAGGGGAUAAUGGCCUGCAAUGCUGGAGUCAAGAGAGGCAUCACAAAAUCCAUGCAGGAGGUGCACAUCUUAAAGAAUGUGAAACUAAUAGACAGCCCAGGGGUUGUGGCUUCGCCGUCCAACCCACCAGCUUCUAUGGCAUUGAGGAGCCUGCAGGUGGAGGAGGGCCAGGAGAGUGUGCUGGAAGCUGUCAGGACUCUGCUCAAGCAGUGUGACAAGACCCAGACCAUGCUUCAGUACAAUGUCCCAGACUUCAGAAACUCUUUGGAGUUUUUAACCUUGUUCGCCAAAAAGCGUGGUUAUCUGCAGAAGGGUGGAGUUGCUAACACGGAGCAGGCAGCCACAGCUUUCCUGUCGGACUGGACAGGAGCCAAGCUGAGCUACCACUGUAAGCCACCAGAGAACGGCAGCCUCCCCUCAUACCUUUCUGAUGCCGUCGUCUCUGAGAUGCAGAAUGGCUGGGAUCUAACCAAACUGAAAAUGGGGAAUGAGGAAACUCUGAAAGGUGUUAAAUUUCCAAACCAGGCCAGCAGUAUAAGCUUCAUCUCCAAAGGCCCGACUGCAGGCCUGCUGAGCGUCAGCGACAUCACUGAAGAAAGUCCUAGUGAGGCAGCCACAGAGAGAGAAGCAGUGCAGAACAAUGAGCCUGAGCAAACUGCUGAGAAGGAAAAUGAAACAGAAGAAACAGAAGAACCUGAGAAACCACAGGAGGCAUCACUCAAAAAAAAACCCAAGGUGCAGUUCAAGUCAGUUCCCAUUGACAUCAACCUCUCUGCAGCUACAACAGAUGACGCCUAUGACUUCAAUACAGAUUUUAAAUGAGCUUCGCCUGUACACUGCCUCUGAACUAGAGCCUGUGCCCACGUGGUCUGAUUAGGAUACAGACCUGCACUUGUCAACAAUACAGCACAUGACGAUGCUUAUGUGUGGAAUCACUGUCAGGAUGCCUUUGGCCAUCUCUGCCUGUCCUGCUUGUUGACUGGUUUCUGACUAGACUUAAGUUUGUCAUUUAUGUGUGGCCUUCCCUCACUGCUUAAUCCUGGAAGACAGUUUUCCAGAUAAGGACUCACUUUUAUCCUAGACCACAUUUUUCAGUUUAUAAGACUGAAUUUUGUUUGUCUAGGGCUGAUCCCUGUCCAGGAAAUGAACUCCGUAUCUAAUUCUUAGGUGGUUAUGAGUUUAAUCACUUACUUCUUCUCCCUUUAAAUGUCCACAGGUCAUUUGUAAUAUUUUGUGUCAAUGCAGAAUAAUGUAUAUAGGUCAUUUACUAUAAAUGUAAUAAAUCCUCUACAAAUCCUA